AUGCCUCGAGCAGUGUCUGCAAAGCUAUCAAGGCAGCACGAGCCUUCAGCCGGCCUCAGGCCAGGCUCAGCGCGCUCAGCUGCUUCCGGCUCCAGCGCCGUCCACGCCUCGAACCAGAACUCGAGCGCUACCACCAAGAACCCCAUCUUCAACACAGAUAAGUUCGGCCAGCACAUCCUCAAGAACCCACUCGUUGCACAAGGUAUCGUCGACAAGGCCAAUCUCAAGCCCACUGAUAUGGUGCUCGAAGUGGGUCCAGGCACGGGUAAUUUGACUGUCCGCAUCCUCGAGAAGGCGAAAAAGACCACCGUCGUCGAGAUGGACCCACGCAUGGCUGCCGAGUUGAGCAAGCGUGUCCAGGGAAAACCCGAACAGCGUAAGCUCGACAUCAUGAUCGGCGACUUCUGCAAGACCGAACUACCCUACUUUGAUGUCUGCAUCUCCAACACGCCUUACCAAAUCUCUUCGCCGCUUGUUUUCAAGCUGCUCUCGCAUCGGCCGCUCUUCCGAUGUGCGAUCCUCAUGUUCCAGCGCGAGUUCGCCUUGCGACUCAUCGCACGUCCAGGCGACAACCUCUGGUGUCGUCUUUCGGCCAACGUGCAACUGUACUCCAAGGUGGACCACAUCAUGAAGGUGUCGAGGAACUCGUUCCGACCGCCACCGCAAGUCGAAUCGAGCGUAGUGCGCAUCACCCCGCUCAAUCCGCCUCCUGCGAUCCCAUUCGAGGAGUUUGACGGCUUGACGCGCAUCGUCUUUUCCCGCCGCAACAAGACAGUGCGCGCGAGCUUCUUCGACGCCCGGGGAGUGAUCGACAUGCUCGAAUCCAACUACAAGACCUACUGCGCCGUUAAAGAGAUCAUGCCCGAAGAAGGCAACUUUGCGGACAUGGUCAAGCAGGUGCUUAUCGACACCGAGUGCGCAGAAGACCGAGCGGCGAAGAUGGACAUUGACGACUUGCUCAAGUUACUCGCUGCGUUCCAUGAAAAGGGGAUCCACUUUUCUUGA